UGGUUGAUAUAGCAACGCGCGCUCUAGCUAAGGGACGUUUGGCCUAUAGAGGGGCGGCCAUUUUGUUGUAGCCCAAAAGGAGGAGGAGCUGCAGCAGUGGAAGAAUCCUCCCGGUGGGGGUGUGAGGCUGCAGAGGGGUUGCACAGUGAGGAGGAGCUUGAUCUCUAGCAGAGUGGCCCCUCCAAUGUCCCGAGGGGCUAGGAAGGCUUAAAGGUGAUACGAAGAUCUUUCCGAAGACCCCACGAUGGAGAGAGACGACCUGAUUGUCAUCAAAGUGGAAGAUGAUGAAGAUGUGGAGAGCGAUGAUCCAUGUAAGGGGGAGGAGAUCAGCACAGACCCAGAAGACUCCAGCGAAACUGCAGGAGACUUUCAUGAUGAGGAAGAUGAAGAUGUGAAGGUUAAAGAGGAGGAAGUUCCUAUGGAGAUCAGCACAGAUGGACGAUACAGAAGGUUCGAUGCGGAAGAACACCCAGUGCCUCCUCCAGAGGGCGAAGCAAAAGAUGGUAGCUCCACAGUCAACACUACAGGAGGAAAUUCAGUGACCCCAAAUCUCCACCCGGUGCUUCCUGCUACGUAUCUCUCACCCGGGCCCUCUACGCAAAUCGCUUUUUAUUUUCCCACCCCUGCCCCCAUCACACACCGCAAAUAUCGAAAACGUCCCAAAAAGUUUCCAUGUACGGAAUGUGGAAAAAGCUUUGACCAGAGGACGAAACUUGUUGCACAUGAGCGUUCCCACACAGGAGAGAGGCCCUUUUCCUGCUCGGAGUGUGGCAAAGACUUUGCCCAGAAGGCCCACCUAGUUUCACACCAGAAGAUUCAUUCGGGGGAAAAGCCUUAUUCAUGCUCAGAGUGCGGGAAGAGUUUCAUAGAAAAGGCUCUCCUAAGCCGGCACCAGAAGUUUCACGCCGGGGUAAGGCCGUUUUUGUGCGCCAUAUGUGGCAGGCGGUUUUUCCAGAAAGGCGAUGCGCUUAAACAUGUGCGAAUUCACACGGGGGAGAAUCCCUAUCCCUGCACCGAAUGUGGUCAGUCCUUCCCGUAUAAAGCCCGUCUUGACCGACAUUUAUUAAGUCACACGGGCGAGAAGCCUUUCUCCUGUUCCCACUGUGGGAGGGGAUUCGCUUACAAAGGCCUUCUUCUGGCACACGAAAGAACUCAUACCGAUGAGAAGCCUUAUUCAUGCGCAGUGUGCGGGAAAUCCUUCUCCCAGAAGUCCAACCUGGCCAGCCACGAAAGAACUCACACAGGGGAAAAGCCGUUUUCCUGUUCGGAGUGCGGGAAGAGUUUUACGAGGAAGGCGACUCUCCUUGGCCAUCAGAACACGCACAAGAAGAAACGUUUUGUACAGCUAAGGAUGAGGGAAGAGAGUGGCUCUGAAACGGGCGAAAAUACGGACAUCUCAGCCACACAGAGCUGCCCGCCGCAGAAGGCUGAAAAAAUUUGUGCAUCCCCUUCGUUCAUCCCGAUUGGAGGAAUACAGUUUAAAGGAUGACUCCGACAAAAACAACCUACGUGAUCAAUCUGCAAAGGGAGAAUUUUGUUUGCGAUAAUGGUUCAUCUACAAAACGGUGCUAAGGUUGGAGCCGGAUGUCAGACUUGCUAUCGCACACAAUGGCAUUCCAUUGAGCUAAGACUCCAACCUCUUCAUUAGAAAUGUGCCCUCAGACUGAUUUGUAGCCUUUUGUGCUGGCGCAGCUGGCGAACGGAAACUGCUGCAGAUUUACACGGCCUGGAACUGGAACAUAAGCCUGCAAGUGUUCUUUAGCCAGGCCAGCGUUGGCCUUUACUCUGCCGUUCAGCUCAUUGGAUGGUUUCCUCCAAUCACCAGCUGUUGUGUCUCUGAUUUGUUGUUAAAAAAUAAAGAGGUCCUGUCUGUGUUUAUA